UUCUCAUGGUGCAUGUUGGUAACUGUUAUGUCUUUAUGGUUUCCAGGUCUGCUGAAAGCACUGAGCAAUGACCCCAAGACUCCAGCCCAGAGUGGUCUGAAACCAUUUAGGAAAGCAGAGGAGUCCAAGGGAAAAUGGCCAUGGCCCCAAGCCCUUCCCUGGCACAGGUGUAUCCCAGCGCUGUGGCUGUGGCUGUGUGGGAAUGGCAGGACGGGCUGGGCACCUGGCACCCCUACAGCGCCGCUGUCUGCAGCUUCAUCGAGCAGCAGUUUGUCCAGCAGAAAGGCCAGCGCUUUGGGCUGGGCAGUCUGGCCCACAGCAUCCCCCUGGGCCAGGCAGACCCGUCGCUGGCCCCGUACAUCAUUGAUCUCCCAAACUGGACGCAGUUCCGCCAGGACACGGGCACGAUGCGCGCUGUGCGGAGGCACUUGUUCCCGCAGCAUUCCGCGCCGGGCCAAGGCAUCGUGUGGGAGUGGCUGGGUGACGAUGGCUCCUGGACAGCUUAUGAGGCCAGUGUCUGUGACUACCUGGAGCAGCAGGUGGCCAGGGGCACCCAGCUUGUGGACUUGGCCCCCCUGGGGUACAACUACACUGUCAACUACACCACCCACACACAAACCAACAAGACCUCCAGCUUCUGCCGGAGCGUGCGGCGCCAGACCGGCAUGCCCUACCCGGUGACCACUCUCAUUUCUGCACCCAGCCCUGCAGGAGUCGCCUGCUCUUGCCAACAGUGCCUGCACGGCAGUGGAACUGGCCCCGUGUCAGCCCGCUACCGCCAUUCUAUGACCAGCCUCCCUGCCUACCCACUCCCCCAGGUGCCCCACAGGACUGCUUUCGUCUUUGGGGGCCACCAGGCCUUUGCCCCCUACAACAAGCCUGCCCUUUCCGGAGCCCGGUCUGCACCCAGGCUGAACACAACCAACCCCUGGAGCGCAGCAGUUCCGGCCGCGGGCAGCCAGUCCUUCUACUUCCACUCCAGCCUCUCCCACCUGGGACCGCAGCUGCUACCCCCAGGAUCCUCCUCCUCUGCCAGUGGAGCCAGUGCCUCUCUUCCCAGUGGCCCCUCAAGCAACCCCAGCAGUGUCCCUGCCAUGGUGCCUGUGCAGAUGCCAAAGGCCAGCCGGGUCCAGCAAGCGCUCGCAGGCAUGACGAGUGUGCUGAUGUCAGCCAUUGGACUCCCUGUGUGUCUUAGCCACGCACCCCAGCCCACCAGCCCUCCCGCCUCCCGUCUGGCCUCUAAAAGUCACAGCUCAGUUAAGAGAUUGAGGAAAAUGGCCGUGAAAGGGGUGACUCCAAAGCCAGAGCCAGAGCAAGUGAUCCGAAGGUACGCUGAGGAGCUGAGCACGCCUCCCGAUGAGGACUGCAUCAUCUGCAUGGAGAAGCUGUCCUUGGCAUCCGGCUAUAGUGACGUGACCGACAGCAGGACCAUGGGACCCAGGGCUGUGGGCCGCCUCGCCAAGUGCAGCCAUGCCUUCCACCUGCUGUGCCUGCUGGCUAUGUACUGCAAUGGCAACAAGGACGGAAGCCUGCAAUGCCCAUCCUGCAAGACCAUCUAUGGGGAGAAGACCGGGACGCAGCCCCGGGGCCAGAUGGAGGUGUUCAAGUUCCAGGUGUCUCUGCCAGGCCACGAGGACUGCGGGACUAUCCUCAUCGUCUACAACAUUCCUCACGGCAUCCAGGGACCCGAGCACCCCAACCCCGGAAAGCCAUUCACCGCCCGAGGCUUCCCCCGCCAGUGCUACCUUCCAGACAACGCCCAGGGCCGCAAGGUCCUGGAGCUUCUGAAAGUGGCCUGGAAGAGGCGGCUCAUCUUCACAGUGGGGACGUCCAGCACCACUGGUGAGAGCGACACGGUGGUGUGGAAUGAGAUCCACCACAAGACAGAGAUGGACCGCAACGUGACGGGCCAUGGUUACCCAGACCCCAACUACCUGCACAAUGUGAUGGCUGAGUUGGCUGCCCAGGGCGUGACUGAGGACUGCCUGGAGCAGCAGUGAGAUGUGGCUGCUCUGGCCAGGCAGGCUGGGAUGUGGGGGGCCCAGGCUGCUCCCUUCCCGAAGCCAGACUUGGGUCUGCCUCUCCCUCUGCCUUCCACCCCUUGGGUCAGGGUUCUUUGUGGGAAUCAGGCAGCCCAGGAGGUUGGGGGUGUGUGUGGGGUGGGCUUCUGCUGCAGCUACCUCAGUGCACAAGGCCUUCUGUCCUCUGUUCUUGGAAGCUUCCUGGGGCUUGUAAGGCCUGGGGCCGGGCACCGGGGAACAGAGACUGCCCUACCCCCAGCCAGGGGUGGGCACAGGUUCUGGGUCAGCUUCUUUUACCUCAGAUUUUGUUUGCAAUAAAUGCCCAAUAGCCAAAGUCAGCAGGCCCUGGCAUGAUUGCUAGCAGAGAGUGCGUGUGUGUCUGUGUAUGUGUGCACGUAUGCACGUGUGUGUGGCUGCGGGAGGCCAGCACUCGUGUCAGUCCGCCCAGAAGCCCACUUCCAGCCCUGGGCUGCUCCCCGCAGUGGGCACUCCCACAGCAGGCCCUGUUGGGCUACAAGGAUAGCUGCUGGCCCUGGUUUCUCAGCGGAAUACUGUGUGUCAGCCUUCCUCUCACAGGACCUGGGGCCAUCCUUGUCCAGUUGAGCAAAUGUGCUUCCGAGUUUUCCAGAUGGUGGAAACAGGCAGUGCUGGCCCAAGGCUCUGGCUGGUGGUGGGGCCAGGGUGGUGGCCAGGCCAGCCCACGUCUCCUCCUCCUACCAUGUGACCCCUCAGGAGGCUGGGCAGAUGCCCCGAGCAGGACCCCGCUGCCUGCCUGUUGUGGGUCAAAGGCACUUGGGCCUUUGUGAGCCCCUUUUCUCUAUGAAAAAUACAAUAAAGUCUAUUUUCCAAUGA